AUGGCAUCAACUGUAACUGUCAGUAUGAAACGCGAUCGUAUUCCACGAAUGAACGAUGCCAUAAAAUUCUGUAAGGACUUUACGGCUGGUGCAACGGCUGCCGUUAUUGCAAAAACCAUUAUUGCACCAAUUGAACGAGUUAAACUGAUCCUUCAGCUUCAAUCAGCCCAACAAACAAUCGAAGUGUCUAAACGAUACAGAGGAAUGGUCGACUGCUUUAUUCGAGUACCACGUGAGCAAGGUUUCUUGUCGUUUUGGCGUGGUAAUAUGGUCAAC